AUGGACAAUUGGAGGGAAUAUCAGAAAGCGUACGAUAUCAAUAAUUACAGUGCUGAACACCGAUUCUAUACAAGAAAAAACGUGAAUGGAUUCGCUGGUACUUUCGUGAUCAAUGAGAAGACGUUCGAAGCACCAGUGGCAGAAACGACACUAUUUCUCUUCACUAGCGAUACUGUUCCAUAUUGGUUUUCAACAUAUUCAAUGAUUGUUUUACUUCACGGUUAUGGAAGUCCACUAAAGAUAUCAAUGUUCCACCCCAGUGGUUCUAUAACUGUGCAGUAUCUUGGAAAUAAAUUUCAAUCGUUGUGUCGAAACAUAAACUGUCAACAUGAAGUGAACAUUGAUCCUAUGUCUACUCAUAAGAAAGAGAUAGUUGAUCCAAGUGGAUGGAGCAUGUUUACGGCUGUUCUUGCUCCGGACCUUGUCGGAAAAGAAGGAACAAGGAAGAUAAUGUAUGAUUCAGAACUAAGAUGUAAAUUAGAUGGAGUUAUCGAUAAUCCUUAA